UGUCGGAUAGUGUUCUGUCUGUCCGCUGGAAAACAUCGGGGUUCAUUCAUGGAGCCAUGUGAUACAUUUUUUCCUUUGACGAAAAUGCCCUUGCCCUUCUUACAUUAUCCCCACUUCACCCCACCUCCUCAGCCUAGCCGUUCUCUUUGCUUGCAGUGCAAGUGCCACUUCCACAGCCAACCUCUGAAGAAACCCCAUUCUUCCCUUUUAUAUUUCUUCCUUCAAACCUUCAUACCCUUAAUUUUUUUUUAUGCUCUUUUUGGACUUAUUUCUCUCUGUUUUCUGGCCGUGACAUUGGGGAUAAGGAGGUAAAAGGGUAGAGGAGCAAAAUGGGAAUGGGAACUAGCAUCUUUAUCAUAAGAUGGAUCAAUUUUCUCACCAUGUUUCUGGCUAUUCUUGUCAUAAUAUUUGGGAUAUGGAUGGGCACCCACCACGACGGUUGUCGAAAGUCUCUCACUCUUCCUGUUAUGGGACUUGGUGGAUUCAUCUUUGUAGUGUCCAUAGUUGGUUUCUUGGGUGCCCUUAAGAACAAUUCAAUAUUGCUGUGGAUUUAUCUGAUUAUGUUGUGCAUUACAUUGGUGGGGAUCCUCGUGUUUACGGUGCUGGCGUUUAUUGUUACAAAUAACGGCUCGGGACAUUCUAUAGCUGGCUUGAGGUAUAAGGAGUAUCAACUACAAGACUACAGUACAUGGUUUCUAAAACAGCUUAAUAAUACUAAUAGUUGGAUGCGUCUGAAAAGCUGUCUCGUCAAAUCCGAGGAUUGCAAUAAUCUUUCAAAAAGAUACAAGACUCUCAAGCAGUACAAAUUGGCUAAGCUGACGCCAAUAGAAGCGGGUUGUUGCAGACCCCCAUCUGAAUGUGGUUAUCCUGCUGUUAAUGCAUCAUACUAUGACUUGAGCUUUCAUCCUGUCAAUUCAAACCAUGAUUGCAAACUAUACAAGAAUUCCAAGGCAGUCAAGUGCUACGAUUGUGAUUCAUGCAAGGCUGGAGUCGCGCAGUACAUGAAAACUGAAUGGCGAUUGGUUGCGAUCUUCAAUGUCAUUCUAUUUGUUGUCUUGCUGAUUAUCUACUUGGUCGGAUGCUGCGCUAGACGAAAAGCUGCAAGAAAUCGGUCUAAAGGUUAGUGGUACACUGAUUGCGGUAAGCAGACUGCUUAAACAUCGAAACAGACGGUAGUCCUCUUGUGCCAUGCAAGUGACCUGUUGGAAGUAGAAAUUUUUAACAAAAGAAUGAUGUUUGUCAGUCAGUGUGUGUAAUAUAUGCAGCCAGCCAUGUUUGUAUGUAAAGAGUUUGUUCUUUAGCUAGUACAAUGACAGUUCGUUCUGUAUCAAACUGUAUUUCGAUUAUGAACCAUUAUUUGCCUUCACAGAAUGCUCACUUGGUUCUCCAC